CACGCGCCACGUCAUAGACAGAAGUAGAAGUAGUAGUUGUCACUAAACAACAGAGGUGCUUGUUGACUCAAAAACAAAUCAAAACAGCUAACUUAUUUGAAUGCCACAAGUAUAUGGAAGAAUCGCCACCUGAAGAUGCUCUGAGAUUAUGCAAGGCAUACAGGAUGGUUACAUAGUGUUUAAUGUUGUGUGCGUUUCGUUUACAAGGACUAUGUAAACAGUGAGUGGCUCCCAUUGACGACCCUCACUAAAUAUAUUCAUAACUGCCUGAAGAAGAAAGCCACAGUUUGUUGGAUCCGGACUGUCCAGGAUGUCAUGGCCGAUGCAGUUCUUCUGCAGGGCGUUGUGCACUGUUGGUCUCGUGCUUUUCUACUAUGUGUUUUCCAUUGGCAUAACUUUCUACAACAAGUGGCUCAUGAAGGACUUUCACUUUCCUUUGUUCAUGACUCUGGUCCACCUCACCAUUAUUUUCUGUUUCUCUACGCUGACACGCUUUGCCAUGCAUUGCUGGAGCGGAAAGCCUCGAGUCACCCUUUCCUGGAAAGUUUACCUUUCUAAAGUGGCCCCAACAGCAUUGGCGACAGCGCUGGAUAUUGGACUAUCCAACUGGAGCUUCCUUUUUAUCACUAUCAGUUUGUACACCAUGACCAAGUCUUCAGCUGUACUAUUUAUUCUCUUUUUCUCCCUGGUCUUCAAACUGGAAGAGCCGAAUCCAUUCCUGAUCCUGGUGGUAUUGCUGAUAGCCAGCGGUCUGUUUAUGUUUACACUCAAGUCCACCCAGUUUAAUCUGGAGGGCUUCCUCAUGGUCCUGCUGGCCUCUUUCAUCGGUGGCAUCCGCUGGACAUUGACUCAGGUCCUCAUGCAGAAAGCAGAGCUUGGCCUUCAGAACCCCAUUGACACUAUGUACCACCUGCAGCCGCUCAUGUUUAUUGGCCUCUUUCCUCUGUUUUUGGCUAAUGAGGGGCUUAGCGUGAGCACCACAGAGAAGCUCUUUCGGGUCAGUGAUCUCUCCCACCUGCUUUACAGUCUGGUGACGUUGGCUGUGGGUGGCGUGUUGGCCUUUGGGCUGGGCUUCUCCGAGUUCCUGCUUGUGUCCCGCACAUCAAGUCUUACACUGUCCAUUGCAGGCAUUUUUAAGGAAAUUUGCACUCUGCUGCUGGCAGAGAAGUUCAUGGGAGAUAAAAUGAGCACAGUGAACUGGUUAGGCUUUGCUGUCUGUCUGUCUGGCAUUUCGUUGCAUAUUGGCCUUAAAACAUAUUAUAACAAAGGAACUAAGCCCAUGGUGAGACAGCUACCAGGAAGAGACAACCUAGAUCUUGAGCUUCCACUUCUUCAGACAAAAGGAGAUUGUUAUGAAGACACCAAUGAUGAAGAGGAGCAUGAAAUUCUUUACUAGACUAUAUAACUGUAUAUGAAUGUCAUAUCUCUAUAGUGAGGAGGCCUGAAUAAACCAAUGAAAUGUUCUGUUUUAAGGUGCCUUGUUGCUGGUCACAUUGACCAUGAAUACUUGACCCAGAAAUGAUGAGCUACAGCCUUAGUGUAGCUGUAGCAUUUCUCUAUUUGAUACAGAGAAAAUACAGACAGACACAGUUCUUUAGAUAGGAGGGCUUGAAAUGUGAAUGGGAAAAAUACUUCAGUCUUGAGGGGCUGAUCUCUAAGUGGCCUCGAAAAUUACAUUGAUUAUUUUUCUGCUGUGGUGACUGGAGCAGUUAUUCUUUCAGUUAAAGAAUGUGAAUAUAAUGUAAAUUAAUUCAACAUUUUUUUAAUAAAACGAAUGUACUUAAAUAUUUCA